CUUCCAGUUCAACAUAAACCCCAAACUAGUGGUUAAUGCAAGAAUCUGAAGCUAAAGGGGGAGAACUGAAAGAUUUAAAUGGUGCUAGGAGGGAAGUUCUCAGGAAUCCUACCUAUUUUCAACCUUCGGUUGGCGUCAGACUCCUCCCUAGGCAACUAGAGAAGGGUGAGGGCAGAGGGCAUAAAUAUGCCAACUCACUUGUGUAGAUUGACAGUUUACAAGAUUACAUGGAGUUUCACAACUCAUUUGCAAAAUAGGAAUUAGCAUUCCCCUUUGAGUGAUGAAAAAACUGAAGUGGAGAGUUCAAAAUCUCCAAUGCAGGUCUCACAUAUUUCCAAAGAGAACUCUCCAGAAACUAUACAUAUCCAGGCAGAGAGCCUUCUCCCCAUUGGCCUUGGAGCCGCGAACCGCGUGCGCCCACCCUGCCUUGCCCGCCAGGGGGCGGCAAGUCCCCGUUCCUGAAUCUGGCAGCUGCGGAAGAGCUUGUUGGAGAUAGUCGAAGCGUGAAUGGGUUAGCGUACUCCGGGGAGCCACUGAAGCUGGGCUUAUGGCUCACAGCUGAGUCCCGGCAGAGUGAACGGAAAGAGCUGGUUUCCGUGAACCAUCAGGGCGUCCUAGGGCGCUGUACUCUCGCUAGACCAGAAGAACUGCGACAGACGCGGGAGACCAGACUUCGCCUUUAGGGCCCUUCAGAAGGAUCACGGUCUCCUGAACUCGCCUCAUUUCCUGCUCUCUUUGGGAAGGGCGCACACAGCAUGGCAGAAAACCGAGAGUCCCGCGGGACCGUUGAGGCUGAGCUAGACCCGGUGGAGUACACCCUUAGGAAACGGCUUCCCCACCGCCUGCCCCGGAGGCCCAAUGACAUUUAUGUCAACAUGAAGACUGACUUUAAGGCCCAAUUGGCCCGUUGCCAGAAGCUGCUAGACGGAGACACUCGAGGUCAGAACGCAUGCACUGAGAUCUACAUUCAUGGCUUGGGCCUAGCCAUUAACCGUGCCAUCAAUAUUGCCCUGCAGUUGCAGGCGAGCAGCUUUGGGUCCUUGCAGGUGGCUGCCAAUACCUCCACCGUGGAGCUAGUUGAUGAGCUGGAACCAGAGACUGAUACACGGGAACCGUUGACUCGAAUCCGCAACAACUCGGCCAUCCACAUCCGAGUCUUCAGGGUCACACCCAAGUAAUCAAAAUGAAGCUGGUCCCCUUAUCCCACCUUCCACCCCCCCAGACACAGCAAGGCCCAAAUGUGGCUCUCCUCAUGUUGCUUACAUCAUGGAUCUCCUGUCACAGCUAUGUAAGAAAAGGCCUGCUCCCUCACAGCCCAAAGGAUUCUGCAUUGAGGAAGGGGGCAGUUAUCUCUUGUUGGGCCCAAGUGGUGGGUCUUCUGAGUCAGUGUGGUCUGUAACUAUGUCCUAUACAAUAAAAAGUGCCAAAUUGU